UUGUAGAACAAGAUCAUGGCUUGUUCUAUUAUAUAAGCAUCUUUGAAUUACACAAAGCAGUAAAAUGCACUUAUUUUGUCUUGUGUAACCAGUUUCUGGAAGUACUGUUUACAGUGGUUUUUUAUCCUGCCAUCCAAAGGGCACUGACAGUGAGGCAGCAGGAUGAAGGUGGAGUGGUGUAGUCGACUUGCCCUUUGCUCCAAGACAACCAGCCAGACCUUUCUGCUUGGAGGAGUGUUCAUUGUGUUGGGUUCGAGUCGAAUCCUCCUGAUGAAGUAUUCUGCCAAUGAAGAUAACAAGUAUGAUUAUCUUCCUACAACAGUGAACAUGUGUUCUGAAGUAGUAAAACUGGUCCUAUGUGUAGUGUUGGCAGUCUGGAAUAGGAAAAAAGAAAAGAGUUGUAUGGAUCAUCUCUCUGAAUGUUUUUCCUGGAAGAAUGUAUGCAAUUCCAUGAAAUGGUCAAUUCCUGCCUUUCUUUACUUUUUGGAUAACUUGAUUGUCUUCUAUGUACUGUCCUACCUCCAGCCAGCAAUGGCUGUACUCUUCUCAAAUUUUGUCAUUAUAACAACAGCUCUUCUCUUCAGGAUAGUGCUAAAGCGAAGACUCUCUUGGGUACAGUGGGCAUCUCUGGUGAUUUUAUUCCUGUCCAUCGUUGCCCUGACUCGAGGAACUGGAGGCCAUCAGCACAGCUUGGCUGCACAUGGAUUUCAUCACAGUAUGUUUUUUGGGCCAUCUAACCACUGCCUUCUCGCUACUGGACCUGAGGAAGCAUGUGCGGAAAAGGGCAUCUGUCCAGCACCAAGUUUCCUUCACAGCUUCCAGUGGAAUGUGACCGGUACCAUGGCAGGAGCAUUGAAGCCUCUCCGCCUCAGCCUGGGCCAUCUGCUUAUUCUAGUGCAGUGUUUUGUGUCUGCCCUGGCUAACAUCUACAAUGAAAAGAUGCUGAAAGAUGUGGAUCAGCUUGGGGAAAGCAUCUUCACACAGAACAGCAAACUCUAUGCCUUUGGAGUGCUGUUCAAUGGGCUCAUGCUGGCACUGCAGGCUAAGGACCGGAGGCAGAUAGGGAACUGUGGCUUCUUUUAUGGGCACAACAUCUUCUCCGUGGCUCUUAUAUUUGUCACAGCUUUCCUGGGGCUGUCUGUAGCCUUCAUCUUGAAGUUCCGAGACAACAUGUUCCAUGUUAUGACUGCUCAGAUCAACACUGUCAUCAUCACCACUGUGUCUUUUGUCAUCUUUGACUUUAGGCCUUCUCUAGAGUUCUUUUUGGAAGCUCCUGUAGUGCUUCUCUCCAUAUUCAUUUAUAAUGCCACUAAAGCAAGAGGCUUGGAAUACGCCAGUCUGAGGGAAAGGGGAAAACUCAUCAAAGGAGAUGCAUGGGAAAGAUCAAGUGGGGAUGGAGAGGAAUUUGAGAGGUUGAACAAACCAAGCAGUGACAUCGAUACAGAUGAAGAUUCCCUCUAGCAUGAAGCUGUCUUGGAGCAGUGCUAUCGCUCACAGUGAGAGAGAGCUAAUCUUUUAUUAACAUAGGGAGGAGUUGUUUUUCCCCACUGACAGACUAUUUGGAACUGUUUUGGGGCUGGAUGUCAAAUGUGGAUGAGGACAAUAUUCAAGCUGUAUAUAUGGAAAGUUGUAUUCAUUUGUGCCUGUCUCCCAGUGUCUGGGGAAAUCAAAGUCUGGAAUGCAGCUGGUGAAUUUUACAUGCAGCUUACGUGGCCUAACUUUGAAAGAGCUUGAAUAAAACAAAAGUUUAUUAAACAUA